AUGAAAUCUCUGUGCUGGGGUGUGCUCGGCCGCCCCCUUCACGGGGACACCCCCCAAGUGGGCGGGAGAAAGCGCGGUUCUUCCAAGCGUCCGCGCUGCUCGGGGUGCUGCCGCUCCCCAGCAGGCUUUCCAGACUGUGGGCCCGUGCGGGCCAAGGGACGGGGCCAGGGGCGCCCCCAUCCCCCCGGCUGGACGGCACCAUCACCCCCGUGGGCGACACCGCAGAGGUGGCCGCCGCCCGAACGCCUUCCCAAACGCCUAAAAAACGCACAGGUUAGGGCCCCCGUGGGACCGUGCCGUGGUGCGGGCCCCCAGCCUUCAACGCCGUCCCUGUUCCCCAGCAGACCUUCCCGGGACUUUCCCAUCGGGCCCGCCCCCGUGCGGCCCAAGUGGACCGGCCCAGUGGCGCACCACCCCCGCCGGGUCGAGGGAACCGUCCCCCCCGUGGGGACCCCGCAGGGGUUUGGCAUGCCCCGUCGUCAACACCUUCAGCCACCCCCGUGCCCAGAAAGGUGUUCCAGCAGACCUUCCAGCGGGGGCCCCCCCUGUGCAGGCCAGGGGGGACGGCCCCGUGGCACCCCACCGUCCCCGCCGGACUCCCAGGCCCCCCCCUCAGGUCGCCGACACCCCCGGCGCACCGCCAAGCAGGCCUUCUUCAGACCCCCAGGGGAGGCGGGGCCCGCGGCGCGCCCCUUCUAG